GUCAACUCGAUGUGUACGGAAGUGCUGUAGCAGCGUGCCAAACGGUGUAAACUGAAAUGUUCAAACACGUCUUUCUGACAGGACCUCCAGGUGUGGGGAAAACCACUCUGGUCCAGAAAGCCUGUGAGGCUUUAGUGUCAUCAGGGGCGGGAGUUGAAGGGUUUUACACAGAGGAGGUCAGGGAGGGAGGCCGGAGAGUCGGCUUUGAUGUAGUCACUGUGACUGGAGAGAGGGGCCGCCUGUCCAGAAUCAGAGACGUUGCCGCUUCAUCUCACGGCAGACGGGAAUACACAGUUGGGCAGUACGUGGUUGACUUGCCUUCAUUUGAAAACAUGGCUCUCCCCCUCUUCAGAAACGUAGGGUCAGCAGAUGGCGGCGGCAGGAAGGUGUUCGUCAUUGACGAGAUCGGCAAAAUGGAGCUCUUCAGCCAGUCGUUCGUCAGGGCAGUGAGACAGACUUUAGAUAGCUCCUCCUGCACCAUCCUGGGCACCAUCCCCAUCCCCAAGGGUAAACCACUGGGUCUUGUGGAAGAGGUGCGGAGCAGGAGAGAUGUCAAGGUCUUCACUGUGUCUAAGGAAAACAGAAAUGCCAUUUUACAAGACAUUCUAGCAACACUACAAAACUGUCUAAAACACAGCGACUAAUAUUGAGAUCUAGAGCAGCUAAAAGUGAAGGACACUUCUGCAUUUUUUUCUGCCGACAACACGUUUUAUGUGUGUCAGUGCACAUACAGUGCACACAGCAAGGCUGUUGAGUGGAUCCAGACCCGCUUGGUAACAGGGUUGUUUUGACCUAACCUGAGGGGCAUGCAGAGCUGCUGGAGGAGUUAGUGUGUCACAUGCAUGUAUUUAUGUACACAAUUCAUUUUUUUUUUCAUUCUCAUAGCCUCAAAAUGGAUUGCAUGUUGAAUAAUUGAUUGUGAGAUAGAACACAACAUGGGGGAAUUGUUCAGUCAGUGUGUAAAUAUCUGGUGCUCUUAGAGUCAAAGACGGCUAAUAACAGCUCUGUUUUAUUUUUUAUUCAGCUGUUGGUGAUAUUGAGACUCCAGCAGGCAUUUUUCCUUUAUUCGUGUGUAAUAUUAUAAAUACAUGGGCAAUCAAGGCAGUGCCCCUGUUUAUUCAUUUAGUUCUUUUGCCAUGUGAGCCCCCCUUGUGUAUGUCUAGUCAUCCAGAGGUUGUGCUCAUUGAAAAUCAAUCAAUAUUUAACGGUGCAACUAUGUCCAAUCCUCCCAUGGUUUAUUCAUCAACCAGCAUGAAAAAAAUGAAAGAAAAAUAAACAGUUAUUGUCU